AUGGACGCUGCUGUCAGUCUUGGGGAUCCUUCCAAGGCGUUGGACUUGGCCAACAUCCGAUUCCAGUUAAUUCGCCUGGAAGAUACCAUUACGUUUCAUCUAAUCGAACGAGUGCAGUUCCCUCUCAACAAGACUAUCUAUUCUCGUGGCGGCGUUUCCAUCCCAGGCAGUGAGCUCAGUCUGCUAGAGUACCUGCUCCACGAGCAGGAACGUCUCCAGUCGCGAGUCCGCCGUUACCAAUCCCCGGACGAAUACCCUUUUUUCCCUGAUGCUCUCGAAGUCCCCAUUCUGCAACCGUUAAAAUAUCCCAAGAUCCUGCAUGAAAACGAUGUGAACGUGAACGAAACAAUUAAGCAACGCUACGUGGGAGAGAUUCUCCCCGCGAUCUGCCCCAGGUCGGAACUGGGCGAUCGGGGCGAGGCGCAAGAGAACUAUGGAUCUGCGGCUACAUGCGACGUCAAUUGCUUGCAAGCGCUGUCUCGUCGCAUCCACUUUGGCAAGUUCGUUGCGGAGUCGAAGUUCCAGAAGGAGCCGGAGAGGUUUGUCAAGAUGAUCAAGGAAAACGACCGCGCUGGGAUCGACGCGGCCAUUACCGAUUCCAAAGUCGAGCAGAAGGUGUUGGAGAGACUGGGGUUGAAGGCCAGGACAUAUGGUACCGACCCUGCCUUCCCCGUGGAGUCGGGACCGAAGAUUGAUACCGACGCGGUUGUGUCCAUGUACAAGAACUGCGUUAUUCCCCUCACCAAGGUAGUCGAGGUGGAAUACCUCAUGCAGCGCUUGAAGGGAACGCAAUGGGAGUGA